AUGAUUUAUGAAAACAGAAUACACAGCCUUAAAAUAGAACGUAGGCAUAAACACCCAGAAGCACUCACCUUUGUAAUUGUAACAAAAAUUAGCACAAAUGGAGUUGAGAGCUCUAAUGAAGUUAUGGACCCAAGCACAAUAUUAGCAAAAGGGCAGAAUUCACACUGUAUCAAAGUUGUUCUGCAAGAGUUUCAGCACCUGUCCAAAGCAAAUGUGAAACUCCCUCAGCCACCUGAAUGACAGUGUUACAGCAAUUCAUCAAAAAGAAAAAUCACAGACCCUUCUUUCCUUCCAUUCGACUUAACUGGUCUUCAUUUCCCACAGUAG